UGCAAGCGAGACGCUCGCGAGCUACCCACGAUGACAACAGAUGUGUAGCUAACUAGCAAAAUGGAAAUUAUGGUCGUUUGUUCCUCUCGUUUUCUGUAUUAGCGUAAAUGCACCUGAAUGCACUCCCGUCGUUACGUGCAUACGAGAGACGCGAAUUCCGAAUUUACACAUGUUUUCUAUUUUUAGGGACCAUGUCAGACAAGCUAGCUAAAGAAGUUGGUGUGCUGAGAGCCUGCCAGAAUGAAGCAGUCCAGCUGCCUAGGUUGAUGGCUAUGCUAGCUAUUUGAAGCAUAACUACAUAUUUUCGGGAUAUUCAUGAAUUAAUAUUUGCAUUACUAAUGAAUUGACUGCUGCAAAAUGCAAUAGCAGAACUUGUCUUAAUUACCCCCUCUAACGCUAUCUUGCUAAAUUACCAUUUACCGAAUUAUUUUUAAUCUAAGGAUAGAUCGAUUAGGUUGUAUCAUUUGGCAAGGAACGUUUUCUUGCAACGUAGCGGUAUUCAGCAUGGACAAGAAAUCUUUUGACAUCGUCUUGGACGAAAUAAGAAAGUGUGUUUUGACUGAUCAGAGGAUCAAAGCGAUAGAACAGGUGCAUGGGUAUUUCUCCAGUGAACAGGUGAUUGACAUUCUGAAAUAUUUCUCCUGGGCAGAACCUCAAAUAAAGGCAGUAAAAGCCUUUCAACAUAAAAUGGUGGCCAUUCCUACAACCAAGGUUGCUAACAUUUUGAACACUUUCACAUUCUCAAAGGAUAAACUCUUUGUGUUGGAGCUGAUUGCACUGAAUAUAUCUGAUGCCCAUAAUUACCGCCCCGUGGAAGAUCAGUUUCGUGUUAACCUCUCGGAGAAGAAACGUGCACGACGGAUCCUUGAGCAGGUGUGUAAAGUGGGAUGCAAGGCCCCUGUGGCGAUGAUCUCAUCCUGUGGGAUGAUCCCCGGAAACCCUUAUCCUAAAGGCAAACCCAGCCAGGUGACUGGAGCCUUUCCUGGAAUCCCUCCCAGGAAAGAGGGUGAGGAGGUGAACGCAGAGGGGAAGGGGAUUGCCAGCCGCAUCGUUGGACCCAGCAAACCGUCUCCAUCAAGCUACAAUCCACACAGGCCUAUACCGUACCCCAUCCCGCCCUGCAGGCCUCACGCCACUAUUGCACCAAGUGCGUACAACAACGCAGGCCUGGUGACAGUGGGAGGGGUCAUCACAGCCAGCGUGCCCCCCCCACCCUACAGUGCCACUCCAAAGUCGGCAGCUUAUGCUCGACCCGUCAGUCAGCAGACCUCUAGCUCUGGUGGCUCCGGCACGUCCACCGUCUCCCCUCCUAAUUCAGCUCCUCCCACUCCCGGCACCUCUCAGUCUCAGCCCACAACUCCAAUCACCCCCGUCUUCCCGGGUAUGGUUCCUUCUCAGAACCCUGUUAGUCAUUCUCCCACCACUUCUUCCUCGGUCAUCAAAAGCCCUCCUAUGCCUACUGGCUCUCCUCAGGUUGCCCCUAACCCUAGUGGCUACAGCACUCCUGUUCCCUCUGGCCUCUCUGCUGGGCCACCUUCUGGCAGAGACACUCCUUCUGUUAUCAAGGCUCACACCCCUUCCGGUCUGCCCGGAGGACCUGGGGUGGGUGCCCCCCCUCCAGCUUUCCAUGGUCCGUCCCGUUCGGGAACGCCUUCGGGGGCCCCCAUUCUCAGUCCUAGGGGUAUGGCAGACUCUCUGUCUUCCCAGGCUGCGGUGCUGUCCUCUGUCAAGGGCUUCUCUCCAUCUGGCGAGCCCCAGUUGGCCCCAGGGCAGGCUAAACCCUCCAACGUGCCGCAUUCGGUCAUCCGAAGCUACACGCCCUCAGGCCUGCAGGCACUGCCUCCUGGCCGCUCCACCCCCAACUUGCAGGGCCCGGGGGCUCUACCAGCAGGUGGACCCGGGACCUCUUGCGCCCCCAGCCCCAAGCCAUCCCCUGGCCCCACGAGUCAGGCUGGCGUGGGGUACGGUGAGCAGCCCUUGGGCUCAGUGAGCCAGCACAGCGGUGGCAGUGGCAGCAACAGCCCUGUGCCCUCUGCCUUCAAAGGGCCGUCAUCCCGCUCGGGCACUCCAUCGCUGAGCUCUCUGGCGAUGCCAAACUCUGCCACCCUGGCGCGCUCCCUGGGCCUGAGCCACAGCAGCGCCUCCCCGCAGCCCUCCCUGCCCGCAUCUGCAGUCAUGGCCGGCCUGCAGGGUCUCCCUAGCACCCUGUCCUCGCAGGCCGGAGGCAGCCCUGCCCCACCGUUCCCUGGCCUCUCCCACUUCCCCUCACUGUCCACAGCCUCCCCCUUGCCUGGAGCCCAGUCCUCCAUGCACUCCUCUGUCUCUUCUGCCCCGCUGCCACCCUCUACCGCCUACUCUGGCCUCGACCCCGCCGGGGCUGCAGCCUCUUCCGCCUUUAGCCUAGGACUGACCACGGCUGCCUCCAUCUUCCCGGGGCUGGCCCCGGGGGCCAGCCCGGCCUUCCCUGGCUUCGGGGGCUCGGGCACCCCUGCGGCCGGUAGUCCUGUGCUCUCCUCCUUCAUGGGGCUCCCAGGGGCCUCGUCGUCGGUGGCCUCGGUGGCCCCUCUCCAGGCAGCAGCUGUGGCAGCAGCUGCGGCCGCGGGCGUGCCCUCCACCUCACCCGUGCUUCCGGGCUUCGCCUCCGCAUUCAGCUCCAACUUCAACCCUGCUCUGGUGGGCCAGCCUGGCAGUGGGCUCCAGGCCCCAGGAGGUGCAACGUUCCCAGGACUGCUGUCUUUUCCUGCAGGAAUGCCAGGCUUUACCUCCAGCCCUGCCCCAGCCGCGCUCUCAGGCCUCCACAACCCAGCCAUGCAAUCCGCGCUGCUGCAGGCUCAUACUGCGUCUGCGCUGGACAGCUUCCCACCCCAAGCAAACGGCUUUGGCAGCUACCCACCAUCCGCAGGCGCUCCUUUCCCCCUGCAGCCGGGCCUGCACCCCCAGCUGGGCUGGCAGUGACCCAGCACACACGGGACCUCGGCGGGCGGAAGGGAGUCAACGGUGGUUUGGGAGCAUGUGUUGAAUAGCGGACAUGGGUGAGGUCGAGGGAUGCUGACCUUGAAGGCGCGCUGACUUGAGAUGGCGAGGGCGCAGGAGGCUGUUUGUGCUUCUUACUCUCAGCUUUUGUGGAAAACGGAGACGGAGGGAGAGGGCAAUAAAACGAUGGGCCCUAUGGUCGGCAGCUCUCCUGGGUAGCAUGACCUCUAGACUGGCCACUAAAAGUAUAAAGCUAAACUUGAUAUUAAUGGAUUAACAAUUGGAAUAAGUGUCAUCAUUGUUGGAAUUAAUGAAAGAAAUUAAUUCUACAGUACUAUACCUUUUUUUUUUGUUUGGUUUUAGUAGGCCUUCAGUUAGCAUCAAGGUAAUUUUUAAUGGUCAUUUAAUUCUGAAAAAAUAUAGAUGUAAUGAUUUGGAGAAGCUGUAAAGGGGACUGUUAACAUGAAACGUCCUGAAUUUCUGACAAACCAGGCAUAGGAUUUUACUGUAUGUGUAAAUAGCCUUGAAACUGGGUUAAACAGCUGGUAAAUGUGUGUUUUACAUGUGCUAGGCUUUGAAUCUUUUUUUUAAGCUUUUUUUUAACAUCCUGGUGUCUGUAUAGAAGUUGGAUAAACAGGAUUCAUAUAUUUGUUUCUAGAUGAAGUCGAUGACUAUCAAAAUACUGUACUAGAGACAAUGGUAGGUGUAGGCUAGUUUGUUUAGCAUUAUGAAAUAAAUCCUUUUUUUCUACAUA